GCAUGUUUGAUUUGUUUACAAACACCGUCUUUGAUAGUUUGAACAAUCAAACAUCUUUUGUAUUGGUUCUUUAGACUUUACUUCUAGUUCUUGACCUUGCCUUAUUACUUUGUAAACGCAUAGCAGCUUUUUGUCUUUCCACUACAGUUCUUUGCCAUGUAAAAGUCUCCCUGUGGAGGGUGUGUUCUGUUGUGAUUCCAGUGCAAAGGAGCUCUUUGCACUUGUGCUCAUUCAUGACGUCGAGAAAGAAGCCUGGCCAGAAGGCCAUUGACCAAUUCAGACAGAGAAUUGAGGAGAAGGUAGCGCGAGUAAGAGAGGGCCGUGAUAAUGUAGACUCGUGUCGCCGUGUGGUUGCGGGCCUGACCACUUCUGUUGUGACUCAUCAUGGACCUCGUAUCGUGGAGCAGGGGAUGCGUCUCAUCGAUUCCACAUUCGCAGAACUUGACUUGUACCUUGCUCAGCUUAGACAAGACAGUGUACAAGUGGUGAAUAAUAUUGUAUCGUCAAUUCAAGGCCGUCUGGUGGGCAUGCUAGAGCGACUGGAGAUACUAGAGCAGUCAAUGCGUGAGGCCGAGCAAGAAGCACUGCAGCUAUUUGAACUUGACACUAAGAAGUUCCAGGCGAAGUAUCCAGCAACGAGUCGUCAGCUGGAGGAGUGCCUGGACUCAUCUGUGAAUGUUUUGGCAGAGUGUCCAAGCUCAGCUGAUAUCCUUAGCGGCUCCUCUGGCUUUUGGGAGUUGGACCUGGUAUCUCUGAAGACUACUUUGAGGCAAAAGGUUUUGCCUCAGUUUGUGGUGCCAGAUGCAUGGGGCGAGGUCUUGCCCAGCGACCAUGACGAGGAUGAUGAUGAUGGAGAGGACGCUGAGGAGCAAGGCAGUGUUGUUGGCCAUAGGCUGAAUGGCACCGAACAGGCCAGUGCUCAUGCUUUGCAAAGAGCACAUGCUAACGGGCAGAGCGCACGGCCUGCACCAACUGCAAAGAAAGUACCAGGUCAGGCAGCACUAGCACCAGCCAUAGCUACAACAGCAUGUGCAGCAGCAGCACCAGUAGCAGCAGCAACAGCAGCAGUUGUAACAGGAACACCACCACCAGCGGCACAGGCACAAGAUGAGCGGGUCAACCGUUUUCCUGAGAGCCAGCUACGCCAGGUUGCGUAUAUCAUUAAUUCUAACAAUGUUAGGGACCGCCAGGCUAACUCAUCGAAAUCAAGGCAAUCUGUUGAUCAAACACACCAUUCACCCACCAGUGAAAGUCGUCCUCAUCAGCAAUGCCGCCAACAGCCAAAACAGGAGCAGCACGGGCAAGAGAGGUCACCGGUGCCUUCCGUUGGUGUGCACCAAAUCACGCCACCAGCUCGCACAGUGGCUUCUAGAAGUGCUGUCUCCGUGUCAGAAGUCUCCUCGGCUGUAUCAACAAGUACCAGUUCGGCGCUUUCAGAACCGCAGCAGCGCUACCACCCAGCAUGCUUGCUGCUGGGAGAAACACACGUCUUCACCGGUCUCGUCAUAGAACUGAGCAGCCCUAAUGACUUCUGGGUACAGAUAACCAGUAGUCAGCUGGAUGACUUUAUGGCACAGAUGAGCGAUCACUUUGAGAAGAAUGGCCCUAGGCAGCUUGGCAAUGCAAUCAUACCUGGACAGGUGUGUGCUGCCCAGUUUUCCCAAGACAAUUCCUGGUACCGCGCUAUUGUGACUGAAGUGCGGCCCAAUGGCCAGUGCGCAGUUCUGUAUGUGGACUACGGAAACACUGAGCUGGCAGCUGUUGCCAGCUUGGCGCUACUGGACGAGAAGUUCCAGCGAAUUCCUUUCCAUGCUGUUCACUGCCAGCUGUCGGAGGUUCGGCCUCUGUCAUCGUCUUCAUCAAUAUGGUCACAAGAGGCAUCCCAGCUCUUUGCAACGACUGUAGCGGGAAUCACGGUGACAGGCACCAUCCUUAGCCGCCGUGACACUCCACUCAUUCCCACACAUUGCGUUCAGCUGCGCACUCCACCAGAUGACGCUGCUCCUAGCGGCCUCUCUGUCGGAAAUGUGCUUGUUGAGAGUGGCCUUGCGCUGCUGUCUCGAGCGGCUGAGCAGAAACUGGCGGAGGACAUCGCCUCACUGAGCAGUGACCAAGAGCAAUCCUCUUCUUCCGCUCCGUCGAUGCACCAUCACGUAGCACAUUCACCUGAUAUAGCAUCGACCCACAACAACCUACAGCAAUCAGCACACACAAGGGAGACCGCCGCCACCUCACACACUGUGCUCUCUGAAUCACCUACUAGCAGGAAUGUGACAGCCGGCUCAGUAAGCCAGCAUGCUGCUGCUGCUGCCGACUCACGCGCCAUGACAACACAUACCAGGGACCCAAGCACUGGUGAUUCCCGUCACGCGCAGCCAGUUGCCUCUGCUUCUGCCUGUCAACCCACCGGCUCUCAGUCGCAGGCCUCUCCUGCGCAAACACGGCGUCGCAGCAGAGGUGGCCGUGCAGGUGAGCGAAAACGGAAUGCGCCGUCGUCAUCCGAUUGCAGUUCCCAGGAGGUAUGCAACAGGUCACCAAGCCGUGAGAACCUGACUCAGAAAAGUCGAACCGGAUUAUCACCGUUAUCGCGAAUAGAUCUCAGUAGAGCGGCGGUGCGCAACAGCACAAUUGAUGUUGAGAAGCGAUCUCAGAAUCGCCUAAACUCUAUUGAAUACGACAGUGCCAACAGUGGAGAGUGUGCGGACAGCGAAGGCAGCAGUAAUGUUGAUUCGGCGUCAGGGUCAAACCUUCCAUCCUACCAGCCUCCAUGUCUUCCUGUUGAAAAUGGCAGCUUGAAGGUGAUGAUGUCGCGGGCUGUUGGCCCUUCGGAGUUUUACCUGCAUGUUGUUUCGAAAGAGCCCGUUGUGCAGCUGAACAUGGUGACGGAGCUGCUGUCAAAGCUGCAUGGUGACAGUGAGGUGGACAUGUUUACGCCGCAGAUCUUUGAGCCGUGCUGUGUGUUCUGCACGGAGGACGAUACCUGGUAUCGUGGUGUGUGCAUGGGAAUUGAAAUGACCAGUGCGGUGGCCGAUGGUGGUGAUGUGACACAGUCGGUGGUUGAACAGCUGCGCGUACAGCUCGUCGACUACGGCGAGGUGUUGACUGUUGGAGCUGGGCAUGUCCGUCGACUACCUGAUGAACUGCUCCGCAUCCCCAUUCUGGCUGUGCGCUGCUCACUGGCAAUUCUUUCUGAUGAAAACACUGCGGACUAUGGGGUGUCGGGCACUCAGGACAUGUCAGUUUGGUGUGAUAAGGCCACACAGCAUCUUGAGGAUUAUGUCAGCAACGGCCGUAUCCUCAUUGCUCACUUGAUAAGUGCCCACAGGAACACACCAUCAUCAACAUUGCAAGACAAGACGUCCGUCGCCUAUUACUAUCCGAAGAGUUCCACUCGCCCGUGGCUGCACUCGAUUGACGUGAAUCUCUUCGAUACCAACGCCAACGACUUCCAUUUCAACACCAAACUUCGCCGUGACCAGUUUGAAUUGGACCAGCUCCUGGAUGAUGGCAAGCCGGACGUAGGCUUUAGCAGCGCCGCACUGGCGGACCCAGUUGUUCAAAAGGCUCUCGUAAGCUGGGACCCGAUGGGCGAGGACUUUACGAGCAUGAGCAACAGUUACGGUGUUGAUUUGUCCAACGCUGGACAAGCGGUGGCUGGCUAUGGUGGAAAGCAGGGCCGUGCUAUCUGCCGUAACUUCAUGUCUGGCCGUGGAUGUGUGCGCGGCAAGUCUUGUCGAUUCAGCCAUGACGCCAAGGGCCUGGUAACGUCUGACAAAGAGUUUGUGUUCUGCCAUAACUACAACCUGGCACUGCCGCCCGUUGGCCAAUGGGUGGCAGUGGUAGUGUCGGUGGUGGUGGAAGCUGACCGCUUCUGGAUCCAGCUGCCGUACGGCAACAAACUGAUUGGCCCUGGUGGCAUUGAGUCGACGGAAGAUGAUACCGAAGACUGCGGAAUGGCUGAGGACGAAGACCUGGCAUCGAUGGUGGACAGAAUGAACAAGCACUACAAGAACAUGAAGUACAGCGGUGACUUGGUAUUGCGUGCCUGCGGUGAGCUGGUGGCUGUACAGAAUACCGAGGACAAGCGUUGGUACCGUGCCAAGGUUGUGGAGGCAGCCGAGGAGAGCAUCGAGGUGUUCUUCGUUGACUACGGUAAUCUGGCUGUCGUAUCUCCCCGUGACAUCCGCGCUCUGCACCAGGAGUUCACUCACUUGCCGUUCCAGGCCGUAGAGUGUUUCCUGGCCAACAUCAUGCCUGUUUCCCCACCAACGUCGGCAGUGGCAUCUGAUAUCUCCGAUGCGCAAGUUGAUGUCGCAGCGAAGCGCUGGCAUCCCGAUGCUAGGGCUGAAAUGCAGCGCAUGACGGAUGGCAGGGUUUUGAUAGCCAAGGUUCUAUCCAGACAAUCAACAUUGCGCAUGGAAGUUGAGUUGUUCAACGUUGACGGAGAUCGCUUUAUCCACUUAGGAAAUGAACUGGUGGCCGCGGGCUUUGCAGAAGCCGUCGCUCUCCCAUGCUUCCCGCCAGUGCCAAGUUCUGAACCAGCACCAUGCUCUCCAGACUCGGCGAAGAUGCCGACAAUUCUUGUGCCUGGUUAGUGGAUAUCUGGCCUGCCGAGCUGUUUGUCUUUGGCGUUGGACCAUUCCUGUAACGGAUAGCACUUCGUUACGAUGUGACAUCCGGAAUGCCAGUGUUACUCGUAUAGUUUAUACCAUAGUUACUUUGCCAUUGCCAAAGUGGCUUUACCUUUUUAAUAUGUUCUUCUGUUGCGCUUCUAUGUGGGGUUUUUUUACUGAUGCGUCCUGGAUCAUAACAAUACCCAUGGUUGGCUUGCUACCAAAGUACGGUUUCCCCACUCGUUCCUCUAGUCUCUCUCCCGGUGCAAUGCGCACCCACAACUUCACACAUCUGUUUUACUUUUGGACUCUCCAAAUACUUUCCCGCUCUCUCUUACAACAAGGAUGGUGUGUGUGUGUGUAUGUGUGUUUCAUGGCGUUUCAGUAGCAGCUUCUUUAAUUAGUUAUGGCUCGCUGCUGUGCUUCCUGUUGAUCUUUCAUGUUGACGACCAUUCACUCGUGUCAUGCCGCACCUUGUGAUCAGUACAGUACCUUUAUUGUGCUUUUUCUAGGCUUUGAAAUUCCAUUCAACAUCUCCGCGAUGUAGUCAGUCCCGAUGAUAUUGGCUUUCUCACACACCUGAUUUUUAUCUUUCACAAUCUCAGCAUGUUUUAUUCACGAUAAAUUGUUUUAGAACUAGUUUGUGCUGCUUACCUUCGCGGAUCUUCUGCUACUUGAAACUACAAUGUAGUUUGUGUACUUUACUACUUUUACGGUAGUGUUUGGAAAGUAGUCUGUUUUCUUCAUAUUGUUUUUUUCACGCCAAGUUUGUUUCGUCUCUUUGUUACGUUGUUGGCAUUGUAGUGUAGUGUCUGUCUCAAGUCUGUACUUGGCUACCGAGAACUGUUUUCAAUUAUUCUCUUCUACAGAACCUGCCUUGAGCUGUAUUUCUGGUCUGCCGACAUGUACCAGCUUGCUUGAGAA